AGAAAACGUGGGUUAACUCGAGAAGGAUGUAAGGCAAAGAUGACUAUUGUCAAGAAAGGUGCAGUUUUUGUUGUCAAACAAUUUAAUGAGAUCCAUAAUCAUAUUCUGACAACACCAAGAAAGGUGCAUAUGUUAAGGUCUCAUCGUUCUAUGUCAAAUACCAAAAAGGCAUUGACACAACAAUUUGAUGCUGCAAAUGUGCCCAUACAUAAACAGAUUAGUAUUUUUGAGAUACAAUCAAGAGGUAUAGAAAAUAUAGGGUGCAUUGAGAAAGAUUUUUACAAUGCUCGAAGAGAUGAGGUAAAGUUUUAUGCUGGACAUGAUGCUCAGAUGUUGUUUGAGUACUUUCAGGCUGAGAAAGAUAAAAAUCCAGAAUAUUUUUUCGCAAUCAAAAUGGAUGAUGAAAGUAGCAAGAUUACUCAUUGUUUUUGGGCUAAUUCUAUAUGUAGAAGAUCAUAUCAUGCAUUUGGUGAUGUACUAGUUUUUGAUACAACUUAUAACACUAACCGUUACGGGUUGAUAUUUGCACCAUUUGUGGGAGUGAAUCAUCACGGUCAAAGUAUACUCUUGGCAUGUGCCUUCUUAAGUGAUGAGACAACCGAAUCAUUUGAGUGGCUCCUACAACAGUUAUUGACAGUCAUGCCAGCAGGUGCUCCAAAAAUGAUUAUCACUGAUCAGGAUCCUGCUAUGAGUAGAGCCAUUGCCGAGUUAUGCCCAAACACUAUACACAGAUAUUGUAUGUGGCAUAUUCUCAGCAAGUUCUCAGAGAAACUAGAUCCAGUCAAAUGGAAAGAACACUCCCAACAGUUUCAUAAGUGCAUAUGGGAUUCAGAGAGUCCAGAUAAAUUUGAAGUUACAUGGUCCAAGGUGAUUGAUCAAAGUGGUAUGUCCGACAAUGAGUGGUUGAAAGGGUUGUAUGAUAUUCGUUUCAAAUGGAUUCCCGCUUAUGUAAACAAGACAUUCUCCGCGGGUAUGUCUAGUAGUCAAAGGGCAGAAAGCUGUCAUUCCUUUUUCAAGCAUUACGUGUCGAAGAAAAACACAUUGAUGGAUUUUGUGGUUAGAUUUACACGGGCACUUAAACACCAACGACAUCAAGAGUUAUGUCUUGACCAUAAAGAUAUCAAUGAGCAGCCUAUCAUGAAGACUACAUGGCCAGUAGAGAAAAAGAUGAGUGAGUUAUUCACACAAAGCAUAUUUUAUAAAUUUCAAGCUGAAUUGUUCCAAAGCAUGGCUUAUAUAGUAGUAGUUGAUCAAGAGAUACAAGAUAAGUGCAUGUAUAAUGUUACGAGGGCUGAAUGUAAUGAUGGUCGGGCAAGAAAAGUCAUAUUAGAUAAGUCCAUCAAUUAUCGAAGUUGCAGUUGCAAAAAAUUUAAGUCUUGUGGAAUUCUUUGUCGGCAUAUUUUUGCUACCUUCAACAGGAAUCAAUUGCAACAACCUUUGUCUAGUGUUUAUAUAUUACCUAGAUGGACGAAGGCUGCAAAAUCAUUUAGUACAUUUAGGCAUGGAGGUGAUGGUGGGAUAAAUAGUUGUGAGGAUUCUCUAGUUGUACAUCACAUUACCUUACAUAAACUUGCGUCGAAUAUAAUUGAUGAUGCUUUGAUGUCUCGCGAGACUUGUAUGUUGGCGAAAGAAACAUUUGAGUCUCUUCACAAACAGAUUAAGUCCAUGACUUUAUCUAAUGAAAAACACUCUACGCCAAGUAUUGGUCUUUCGGAACCUGUUUAUAAAGAGCCUGACAAAGUCAGGGCAAAGGGAUGUGGAAAGCGGUUAAAGGGGGGUAAAGAAAUGGCCAUGACGAAGAACAGACAUUGUCAUGGCUACGGUCUAACUGGACAUGACAAAAGGAAUUGUCCUACACUGAACAAUGCGACAUCACAUUCUCAAACUUUAGGGGAAACUCUGCCUUAGCAAUCCUACAAUGCAGUAAAAUUAUAUUAGUUAUCUUCAAAUGGUUGCUGCUUGUGGCUAUUUCUGGUGGAUGGUGUUGGUCUCUCCAAGCUUAGUCGGUGUGGAGGAUUUUAGGCAGGCAUUUUGUUUCUUAGCUUACUACUUACAAGUUUUAGGCAAGAAUUAUGUUGCUAUGGUUUUUUAAGUUGUGAACUUUUAAUUGUUGAAGCUAAAUCAAUCAUUCUGAGACUGUCCUGCAAUUGUAUAGCAGUAUGAAGGGUUCAAAGAGAAGUGCAAAAUCAGUCACAUUAUUUGGAGGAAUUAGAUGACUAG